AUGUCUGUCAUAUUUCCCUUUCAACAACCUACUGGAGAAUCACUCAGCAUCGGACCAUCUCAAGGGAUGGCCAUUGCCAUCGACAAAGACAUUGUUGUCAAAAUCCCAUUUCAGUACCAGGUUUCGCCAGGCACUGACUUUUCUCACUGCUGGGACCUCUCAAUCAAAAGCUUUAUUGCCAUGGAGAACGAGAUGGUGAUUUACGACGCACUUCAAGUCCAUCCUCACCGUAACUUUGCCCAAAGGCUUGAACCCUGCACUGCCGAUUAUUUAUUCCUCGAAAGACUUGAUCCCUUGGAGAAGGUUUGGCGGCUUGCAACACGCGAUGAUCGAGUUCAAUGGGCCUUGGGCUUGCUUGAUGCUAUGAGCUGGCUUGAAAAACUCGGUUUUGUUCACGGAGAUCUCGCGGUACGCAAUCUAGGCGUUGAUAAGACGAAUACAUUAAAAGUUUUUGACUUUGGCUCAAGUUUCCUCUAUGAGUCGGCAAAUGAUUUGAUAGCAGAUCACUUCGAUUUGUCAACAUUUCUGCAUUUUAUUCUUUCUGGUGUGGAUCCUUUUGCAGGUGUUCAGUCACACGCAGACGUUAUCGAUCUACGAAAGAAAUUGAAGGCUGGUCGGUGGACCAUUGCGGAAGGCGCCGAAGUUAUUGGGGAUAUUAUCGAAGGUGGGUGGACAGGGAGCACCGGGACACAGUCCUUCACGGACACGUUUAAGCAGGUCGCUACAAUCUUGGGCACUCCGAAUCUUUCCUUAGAUUCAGACUCCAUGACCACAGAUUAUCCCUCACUUGGGUUACGCUGUCAAGAUUGGUUGCGUAAGAAUCAGAGAAAUCCAGCGUGGAAAAAGAUCGAUGAGUAUAUUGCAAAGUGCAGGAACGCUGGGCAUGAUAGAGAUCUGGAUCACUUCAGAUAA